AUGUUGAUGAGACGCAGGUGUGAGGAGGUGGAGCCAGAGUCUCCACCUCCGGACUCAGACCCAGAGGACGACUGGACUCACAGCUCGUUUAUGUCUUUGUGUCUCAGUUCGAGCGCACGGCUCUGCUUCAGAGGUCACGCAGAGGUCGUGUCCAAACUGUUAGAGAGCGGAGCCGAUGUCACCGCCACUGACAAGUUGGAUACGACCUGUCUCCACGCAGCCUGUCGAGGAGGAAAUCCUGCUGUACUCAGAAUGUUACUGCAGAAAGGAGCCAACAUAACUGCAUUAGACAAGUUGGACAGCACGCCGCUGCACGUGUCGGUGAGGGCGGGGCAUCAGAGCUGCACCGAGCUGCUCAUCCAAUCAGGAGCCUCCGUCAACUCCCAGGACAAGGAGGGGGACAGUCCGCUACACGACGCCGUCAGACUCAACAGAACCAACAUGAUCCAACUCCUGCUACGGCACGGAGCCCACCGCCACCUGACCAACACGGAGGAGCAGACUCCUCUGGACUUGGUGGUGCAGUGGCAGUUGGACAUUAGAGCAAUUCUGGAGCAGCACCAAAACAACUGA